AGGAUAAACUUCGGUGAGUAGCGAAUGACAGGAUAAACUUCUAUGAGUAGCCUUUAAAUAACAGAAUUGAUUCUGAGAAAAAAUAAGCUUCCAACACGGUAGUCUCAUAUUUCCUCCCAGAGCAUUUUAUAUAUAAGCACACUUUUGAAAAAGAAGCAGAAACAGAAGAAGAAAGAAAUGGCAGGGAAACAACAGCUCAAAAAGUCCAAGGUUGUGAAAAUUGACUCACAGAAAUCAUGGGAACACCACAUCACUGAUGCUACAAUUAAAGGCUGUCCUGUUAUGGUUCAUUUCUCUGCUUAUUGGUGUGUGCCUUCUAUUGCUAUGAACCCUUUCUUUGAAGAACUGGCCUCCACCUAUCAAGGUGUAAUCUUUCUGAAGGUGGAUGUGGACGAGGUUAAGGAAGUUGCCUCCAAGUUCCAAAUCAAAGCCAUGCCUACCUUUUUGUUGAUGAGUGGAGGAGCUCCAGUAGAUAAAACUGUGGGAGCAAAUUCAGAUGAGAUAAGGAAAAAAAUUGAUCAUUUUAUUCACCAAACUCAUUCCUCCAAAUCAAUCUGAUGCAUGAACACAUAAAGCAAAGUUUGCCAGUCAGUUGUAAAUUAAGACCCAUAAGUGUUUGUUUUUAAAACGUUUUCAAUUACAAUUCAUUUCUUGUGUGUCAUAUAUUCCAAGUAAUAGUACUGCUGUUGCUUUUUUUUUUUUUUUUUUUUGAAAGUGUUGCUUUAUUUAUUUAUUUAUGAAAUGAUUGGAGUGGAUUUGAAAUGGCAAGUUGAUGUAUUGGAAAAAGGUAUUUUAUUGUAUAUCUUCAGAAUGCUGUUUUCCUCUUUUAA